CUGUAAACCACCAGUGCCGGCUCGCACGACAUUGCAGGGAGGUAUAUGGUUCUCUAUACGUCCUAAUGAGCAGAUCCACCUCAGAGUCUCCGUGGAGCAGGGAGAUAUGGCAGUGAUGUCUCACCGAGAUCGGUCUGUCUUUGCUGGACGACAAUCUGGUCCAUAAUGAGACAUUCAAGGGAUCUAGACCAAGCAACACACUGGUAUCAACAGUAUGGCGUACAGCUCCCUUUGAAGGAAAGCAGGCUGUGCCGAUGUAGGAAAACUAGGGACACUUCAGCACACAGAUGGCCAGCGCCUUGGAGGCCAAAAUCAAGCUCAACGAUGGGAGGCUGAUGCCCUUGCUGGGCCUGGGGACGUGGAAGACAACCACAGCAGAGGUUCUUCAGGGAGCUGCAGAAGCAGCCAUCGCGGCUGGAUACCGACACAUCGACACUGCCUACUCCUAUGGGAACGAGGUUGAGCUGGGGAAGGCCUUGCGGGCCAAGAUCCACCAAGGAAUCAUCAAACGCGAGGACGUGUUUAUCGUCAGCAAACUGUGGUGUACCUAUCAUUCCCCCGAAGACGUGCCUUUGUGUCUCAACAAGUCCUUACAAGACCUGCAGCUGGACUAUGUGGACCUCUAUCUCAUUCACUUCCCUGUGGCCUUCCAGAGGAUAGACGAAGAGCUGUUUCCGUGUAAGGAGGGCAAAAUUCUCACCCUAGAGACAGACUACAUUGACACCUGGAAGGCAAUGGAGGCUCUGGUCUCUUCAGGCCGAGUAAAGAGCAUUGGAGUGUCCAACUUCAACAUACAACAGCUGGAGAGACUGCUCUCUGCUGCUAAGAUACCACCAGCUGUCAAUCAGGUGGAGCUGCAUCCUUACCUGGUCCAGUCUGACCUUGUGAAGUUCUGUCAAUCCAAAAACAUUGCCCUGACUGCAUACAGCCCCUUCGGCUCUCCUGGGAGGCCCAAAGAACUUCACAGGGGAGCCACUGACCCGGAGAAACUCCUGGAAGAUCCUGUGGUGGCAGCAAUAGCCAAGAAAUAUCAAAAGAGUUCAGCACAGGUCUUACUAAGAUUUCAUGUGCAGCAGGGUAUCGCAGUUAUUCCUAAGAGCAUCAGACCCAACCACAUUUUAGAGAACACCAAGAUCUUUGACUUCAAUUUGAGCAACAAAGACAUGAAGACUUUGAAGAGUCUAAACAGAGGCUGGAAAGCGUGUGUCUUUGAUUCGCUGAAGUCACAUCCUUUCUAUCCUUUUGAACACUGACGUCCCCGGGGGUUUCACAGAGAUGAGGCCAAGGAGGAAAGGAAAUCUUACCAACUCUCUCACAAACCAUCACUGGAAACAUGUGAAACUGUUCCCACACUGCAGGAGAAAGAGUGCAUCUGAAUUAUCACUCUAUGGGCAGUUGUACUUUCACUUUGGAGGAAUUCCAAAUGUUUACAAAACAUCCUCAAGAAAAAGAAGUAAAACAUCACAAAUCAAUGCAUCAGGAACAUAAUUUUCCUCUUCCUCAUUAACCUUUACUCAUCUACCACUCAUAUACGGCUAUCAUGUAAUGGACAGUACUGUGUAUUUUUCAAGAAGCAUGACUGCAAUACAAAAACAAGAAUGAAAUUUGAAAAUCUCUGUGCACUGGUCAGUUAUUGAUAUGUGAAAAUACUGUACUGUAUGUUGUUUUGCUAUUCAUUGCAUUUGCAAAAAUACAGGGAUAGAUGCAAAAAAGCUCCAAUAAUGACAUUAAUUUGUGUAUGUACUAGAAUUAAAUCACAUGACUGUUAAAUCUGGGUGACACAGAGGUGCUGUGGCUAGCAUUUCUGCCUUACAGUACUAGAGCGCUGGGUUCAAUUCCUGGGUUGCUAUCUGUGUGAAGUCUGAAUGUUCCCCCUGCAUUUGUGUGGGUUUCCUCUGGGUGGAAACUGGUCUCCAGGACUGAGCAGGGCUCAGAAACUGCUAAAAAGCAUGUUUGCUAAUCUUGAAUAAAAGGUAAUGCUGUCA